GCUCCAUAGUUUACCAUGACGCAUCAAGUCAGAAAGGAGAAAAAGAGCAAGCCACAAGCGGAAGAUUCUCUUGUGCCCGCGGAGCACGAUUGGUGGGCAGAGUUUUGCAAGGAAUCUUCGGUACAUGGGAUGCCGUAUUUGGCUCGCAGGGAUCUGCAUUGGACCGAACGAAUAUUCUGGUUGCUGACUAUUGUGGCAGCCACUUACUAUGCGAUCAGCAGUUGCUUUUUGCAAUGGAAGCGUUUUCGUGAUAAUCCCCUCGUUUACGAAUAUGAAUACAUUUAUAUGCUCCGCAAUUUUUCCUUGCCGGGAAUCACAAUUUGUACGUUAUUCCCCAGACUGACAAACGCAGAUAAACUGAUUUACGACACUUGGAAUGUAAACCCAAACGAGGAUAUAGCAAAGGGCGAUUAUUAUCGCUCCUUUCUGGUUACACUAACAAACGUGCAGUACAACAACUUGCAAAUUCUGGAGCCCUACGAAAAAGAUCCGACUCUGACGGACAUUGACAUAGUUAAACUAUUGCUAGAGCUGCAUAAGGAAAUCAGUCCUCCGGUUAACAAAAGCAACGAACCUCAACCACUUGUACCGAACCUCACCGAAAUGGGGCUGUGUCAGACAAACUCCAGAUUAACUCGCUAUGGAAAUCCAUAUGGAAAGCUAAAGGAUAUGAAAGUGAUUCCGGUAAGAAAUGGCAGCUUUUUCAGUCCCACCCAGAUACAGCUAAAGCCAUAUUAUAACUACACCGUAGUGCAAUUGUUCAUGCACGAUGUCAACGAGAUGAUGCUGCCUCAAGAUCGACGCACGGUGAGCGUUUAUACAGGCAUCAAAGUUUUCUAUUCGAUAAGGGUAAAGCUUAACACAAUAUCGGCUGAGGAUGAAGUGACUCAUGUGCCCAUUGCCUAUCGCAAGUGUCGCUAUACCAAUGAAGCUAACCUCAAGUAUUACAGUGUUUAUUAUCCUAGUCUGUGUCGCAUGGAGUGUCGCAUCAAUCGCGCUCUGGAACUGUGCAAAUGUAAACCAUUUUUCUAUGCCGCUGGACCCAAAAAUGUAAUCUGCAAUAUCAAUGGAAUGCUGUGCUUACAGCGCCGAAAGUGGCUGGACAAAGCCUGUGAUUGCUUGCCCUUAUGUAAAGAGAAUAGCUUCAUUGUCACAGAAGAUCUCGGCCAGAAUUCAGGCGGCGACGAUUACAAAGGCGAAGGUUAUGAGCGAAUGAUCCAAAUCCAUGUGGAGUUGCCCAAAAUGGGCAUGAAGCGCAGAGUUGUCUUUAGCACGGAUCAACUGAUUAUGUCCUUUGGCGGUGCUAUUGGACUUUUUUUGGGUGCUAGCUUCAUGACCAUAUAUGGCUUGAUAUAUUUGGUAUUGUAUUUCAUAAUAGUCAAAUGCAAAUCUACGACUUUUUGUAAGAAAAAAGAUACACUACAAAAUGCUUAGGU